UGUGUGUGUGUGUGUGUGUCAGUGUUUUUGACAGUGGCUUAGUGAGAGUCACUCUCUCAGAAGUUGAGACUUUAUAUAAAUCUUCAAUUCCUUCACUUGAAGAUAAAGAAAAUUAUAGGUGACAUCAUUCUUAUAUUCAAUAACUUGGGCAGUACAUCAGCACAGGUGGUUCUGUGAGGGGCGGGAGCUACACAACUGUCCUGACGUCCAGAUCUGGAGGGAUGGUGACCUGUACACGCUGAUGAUCGCUGAGGCCUUCGAGGAAGACACGGGACGCUACACCUGCGUUGCCUCCAACAGUCUCGGCGCUGACAACACCUCGGCAGAGGUCUACAUCGAGGGUGCUUCAUCCUCAGACUCAGAAGGAUCUUUGACAAAUUCCAGAUCAGGAGUCAUGCCUCAGUCCCAGAAGAAGACAACUUCAAUCUCCCUGUCCAUUCAUUCACCUUCACCCAAGAGCCCCGAGGCCGUACCUCACCGCUUCACCCUGGUCCAGCCCCUAUCUGCACCUCAACACCGGAUGCGGAGUCCAGUUUCUUCACUACAUGGUGAUGGUUCUGUCACAGCGCCCCCUAUCUUCACCAAGCUCUUACAGGAUUCCCAGGCGUCAGAGGGUCAGGUGGUGGUUUUGGAGUGCAGGGUUCGGGGCAAUCCUCCUCUGCAGGUCCAGUGGUUCAGACAGGGACAGGUCAUCCAGGACUCUCUAGACUUCCGCAUCCUGCAGAAAAAGCCACGGUCUGCAGCAGAGCCAGAGGAGAUAUGUACGCUGGUGAUAGCUGAGGCCUUCCCUGACGACGGAGGGCAGUUCUGCUGCACUGCAACCAACCUUUACGGCUCCAUCAGCAGCACAGCCCAACUCUCUGUUACUGGAGGGGCCUUCAACACUCCCACAGCGGUGUACGAAUCGGUCAGGGACGGUGUGGCAUCCGGCGAUAACUCUGUCUUCGAGGAUGCCCAGGCCUUCCCCCCACCCCCGCUCACAGAGAUCAGCCUAUUGGAGGUACCGCCCAAGACCCCACCCAGUGCCAGCGCAGAGGGUUUCCAUGUCAACGAGCUGGAGAUCUGGCCCAGUGUGUCAGCCCUUCCACACUCCCACAUGUACCCCAUGGAGGGCCAGGACCGGAGGGCCAGUCCCCCUCUGCCCUCCUUCGGCCUGCCUCCACCAGAGCCCCGGCCAGACUUCCUAGGCCCAGCCAAGAUGUCUCCACCCCCGGUGAAGGAAGCCCCUCCGCUGCCCAACAAGCCCAAACUGAACAUAGAACAGUUGAAGCAGCUGCAGGAUCAGAUUCUAUUGGAACAGCAAGAAGCAGCCAAUUGGAUCCAGCAGCAGGAGCAAGAGCAGGAAGUCCCACUUCCACUGCAGCAGCCUCAGGAAGUGUCCUCUCCGCCCUCUCCUCCUCUUCCCCCUCCUCCCUCCUUCCAGGAGCUGGAGAGCAGCGCCAUGCAGACCAGCACAUUCAACUACGCCCGGCCCAAGCAGUUCAUCGCUGCCCAGAGCCCCGGGGGGACAGUCCCUGUGGGGGGCUACGUCACCCAGUCCUCUGGCUCCUCUGGAUCCAGCCUGCCCUCACCCCUCUCCCCACCCACCUCACACAAACCCUUCACCAGGGUCACCAUGCCUCCCUUCACUAAGGGCAGCAGCAUCGGGUCUCAGUCCCCGUCCUCUCCCUCCUUCCCUCCUCCACCCCCUCCCUUCCUCAGCAGCAGCAUGUCUUCUCCAUCAGGCCCCAGCCAAGACUUUCCCCCACCCCCUCCUCCACCCAUCUCCUCGACUCCCCCCUUCUCCCCCGGCCACUCCAGCAGCUCUUCCCCCUUCACUUCCAUGCCCCAAUCACCUGCUGGCUUCCUGGCCUCCGUCCUGCCAGCCACGCCCACUAGCCCGUCCGUCAACGCCCUGGGCCUGCCUAAAGGGAAUGGAACUAUUGCUUUCCCCCGGAAGCAGUCCAGAGGAACCCCACGCCUGGCCUCUGACUCUGACAUUCAGGGAACCAAGGAUGCUGUCAUUCAGGACCUGGAGAGGAAGCUACGAUUUAAGGAUGAGCGCAUGAGCAACGGACAACAGAGGUUAACCUAUGAGGAGAAGAUGGCUCGCAGGCUGCUGGGGGCAGACAACGCAGCCACAGUACUAAACACACAGCAGCAGGACGAGGAGCCAGUCACACAGGACUCCAGUUCAUCUGAUAUAGAAUCGGUCCCUCAAAAGGAGUACAAGGUGUCCAGCUUCGAGCAGCGCCUGAUCAGUGAGAUCGAGUUCCGUCUGGAGCGCUCUCCAGCGGAGGAGUCUGACGACGAUGUGCAGCAUGACGAAGACUCUACAGGCCAGGGGGUGGUGCCAUUCUUCGACAGCAAGCUCAAACACUACAAGGUGUUCGAGGGCAUGCCCGUCACCUUCUCCUGCAAGGUCAUCGGAGACCCCAAGCCAAAGAUCUACUGGUUUAAGGAUGGGAAGCAGAUCUCUAAGAGGAGUGAACACUACAGGAUCAGCCGCGACGCUGAUGGAACCUGCAACCUCCACACCGCCGCCGCCUCAUUGGACGAUGACGGCAACUACACCAUCAUGGCUGGUAACCCCGAGGGGAGGGUGAGCUGUACUGGCAGGAUGAUGGUCCAGGCAGUGAACCAGAGAGGGAGGAGCCAGCGCUCUGCACCUGGACAUGUUCGCAGACCUAGGUCUCGGUCCAGAGACAGUGGUGAUGAGAACGAGAAUAUCCAGGAGCGUCACUUCCGCCCCCACUUCCUGCAGGCGCCCGGUGACCUCAUCGUCCAGGAGGGCAGGCUCUGCCGGAUGGACUGCAAGGUGAGUGGCUUGCCUACACCAGAUCUGAUCUGGCAGUUGAAUGGUCAGACCAUCCGUCCUGACUCCGCCCACAAGAUGCUAGUGAGGGAGAAUGGCGUACACUCAUUGGUCAUCGAGCCCGUGUCCAGCCGCGACGCAGGCAUCUACACCUGCAUCGCUAGCAACCGCGCCGGACAGAACUCCUUCAACCUGGAACUCAUUGUCGCAGCCAAAGAGAUUCACAAGGCUCCUUCGUUCAUCGAGAAGCUGCAGAACACUGCUGUUGCCGAGGGUAACCCUGUACGUCUGGAGUGCCGUGUGUCGGCUGUCCCCAACCCAAAGAUCUUCUGGAAGAAAGAGAACGAGUCGUUCACUCACAAUACAGACAGGAUCAGCAUGCACCAGGACAACUGUGGCUACCUGUGUAUGAUCAUCCAGCCAGCCAUGAAGGAGGAUGCUGGAUGGUACACCGUGUCAGCCAAAAAUGACGCUGGCAUCGUGUCCAGCACCGCACGACUCGACGUCCACACUCAGUGGCAGCAGCCCAACACUCCCAAGCCUAAGAAGGUGCGUCCGUCUACGAGUCGCUACGCAGCGCUGACAGAGAGAGGACUGGACGUGAAGGCAGCCUUCUUCCCUGACUCCAGCCCCCUGCAGCCGGGAGGCCUGGUGGAGAGUGAUGACCUGUAGAGACCAGCGGGGUUCACACACCCCACUCAACCCCCUAAUGCCUUAAAACUAACCCCCAGUGCUACAAGCACCAACCCCCAUUCUCCCCCGUUCUCCCCAGACAUAUAGGGGUAAAUGUAACCCCCUCCAUCCGAGGCGUAUUACGACAAUGCCACAGAUACUAUUUUGGAAGAUGGAUGACGGGCAAUGUGACACCCCAUAAUAUCUCAGUGUCAAUGAAACAUGGAUCCCAACUUAGGAUCAGAUGGGGUGGCAGGUAGGUAGCCUAGUGGUUAGAGCGUUGGGCUAGUAACCGAAAGGUUGCUAGAUCGAAUCCCCGAGCUGACAAGGUAAAAAUCUGUCGU